UAGCUGGUUCACCUAAUCUCCAACCAGGCAGCAUUCAGGGUUCAACAGCCUACAAACCCAGGUUCAAGUUUGACCUAGUUAUUUAUCCUUGUUCUAUGUCAACUCUUCAUUUGCAAGUAUUGGAAUAUGAUCUUGAAUAUACCCGCAUUAGAUACAUACAUGCACUUGAAUCAGAAUAACGUAAUCCCUAUCUUCUAUAUAUAUACAGCCUAAACUGGGACAUGAGUGCAUUCUAUAGCAUGGGCUCAAUUACCAAGCCUCAUGCGGUAUUUGUCCCAUACCCUGCACAAGGGCAUGUCAACCCAUUAAUGCAGUUAGCUAAGCUUUUACAUUCAAGAGGCUUCUACGUAACCUUCGUUAACACUGAGUUUAACCAUAGGCGGUUAGUGAGAUCCAAAGGUUCAGGAUUUCUCACCAGUUUGUCCGACUUUCGGUUCGAGACCAUAUCUGAUGGGUUGCCACCAUCAGACCGUGAUGCAACCCAGGACAUUUGGGUCCUAUCCGAUUCGGUUCAGAAAAAUUGCUUGGGUCCAUUUAAGGAGUUGCUGGCUAAGCUAAACGGUUCAUCAGAAUCCCCACCUGUAAGCUGUAUUGUAUCAGAUGGGUCCAUGAGCUUCACCAUUAAAGCAGCUAAGGAGUUCGGCAUACCUGAAGCUCAAUUUUGGACCACCUCGGCUUGUGGUUUCAUGGCAUAUUUGCAUUUCAGGGAACUCAUCGAGGGAGGCAUUGUUCCAUUUAAAGAUGAAAACUUCACCAAGGAUGGCACACUAGAUACACCUGUCAAUGGAGUCCCUGGCAUGAGCAGCAUGAGGCUUAAGGAUUUCCCAACAUUGAUAAGAACAACAAAUCAAACCGACAUAAUGUUGAAUUUCAUGAGUGAAGAAGCACAGAAUUGCCUAAAAUCUUCAUCAAUCAUUUUAAACACAUUCGAUGCGCUAGAACAUGAAGUACUGCAAGCAAUCGCUGCAAAGUCCACUAACCUUUACACCAUAGGCCCACUUUCGUUGCUCGAAAAGCUCACCCCUCUUAGCCGAAACCACUAUCUCAGGUCUAGCUUAUGGAAAGAGGACUCCAAAUGCCUCGAAUGGCUCGACAAGAGACAAGCUAACUCGGUCUUGUUCGUUAGCUAUGGCAGCAUAACUGUGAUGACAGACCAACUGUUCGAAGAAUUUGCAUGGGGGCUUGCAAACAGCAACCACCCUUUUUUGUGGGUUGUAAGGCCUGAUAUGGUGAUGGGGAACCCUGGAAUCUUGCCGGGAGAGUAUUAUAAAGAGAUCGAAGGUAGGGGGUUGAUAGUGAAUUGGUGCCCGCAAGAUCAGGUACUUUCUCACCCUUCAGUUGGGGCAUUUCUUACACAUUGUGGUUGGAAUUCAACACUGGAAAGUAUCAGUGGAGGCAAGCCGGUGAUUUGUUGGCCAUUUUUCGAUGAGCAGCCCACGAAUUGUUUGUAUUUAUGCAAUCAAUGGGGAAUUGGGAUGGAGAUUAGUAAUGAUGUGAAGCGUGAUGAAGUUACAACACUUGUGAAGAUGAUGAUGGAAGGGGAUGUAGGGAAGGAAAUGAAGCUAAAGGCUUUGGAAUGGAAGAAGAAAGCUGAAGAGGCUACUAAUGUUGGAGGAUCUUCUUAUAAUAAUCUUAACAAAUUCAUUAGUGACAUUCUAUAA